AUCCUUUCCAUGCCCUCUAUGGCGCAUUGACGUGGGCCUCAUGGCGCUUACCCCAGCGCCGACGUCCCCGGCGCCGUCGCUGGGGCAACACUCCCAACACUCCAGCGGCAGUACAGUGGUCUUCGCAGAUGUGGAAGACGAUGCCUUGGCAGCCGAGCCAGUCGAACUGCUUCAUCCUCGACACUUGUCCACCCGAUCAGAGGAUUUGGGCACGGCGUCUCGCUUUUCGGCCAUGAGCCGUUGCGAGACAGACCCUGAGCUCAUGAAGAUGGGUCAAGCGAUGACCAUCAAAGUUGCCAUGGCCGAUGCCAUUGGAGAGGAGUCGGAUGAGGAAGAACGUGAGGUGUCGCAGGUGUGUCUUCCAGGGCAUCCCAUAUAUCAGGACCAUCUCCAAUGCAUUUCGCCCGAUGGCUCCCCGGUGUCUUUGAGACGAUCCAGCCCCUGUAAGUCGCCGGACAAGACGCCGGAAGGCUUCGGUCUGCCGGCCAUGAAACCCACGAAGUCCGUGCGGAGCGUGGGCUCGCGCCGCUCGGGCGCCUCGCGACGCCUGCCCUCGCGCAGCUGCGGGGAUCUCUCGCAGGUGGGGAUGACGCCCAGGCGGACGAAGAGCGCCAAGAACUUCCGCAGAGGGAGGAAACGCGUCAUGGUGGCAGCCAUGAAUGCGAAGAUGCCCACCUUAGCCCAUGCAGCCGAGAGACCUCCGCCGGAAGCGCUCUUGGCCUUCUUGCGUGGAUUUGGCCCCGGACCGGGCGGUGCAGAUCUGGAUUCGAUCUUGGCAUGGAGUUUGGACAGAUGGGAGAAUCAACACAACUACAUCCAGUGGCUCUUCCCAACAGAUGAGGAGAGCGAAUACCAUCCAGAAGCUCCGGUGUUGACUCCGGAGGUUCAAGAAGAGAUGUUGAUUGACCCCAUGGUCGAAGACAAUCUCAUCCGAUGUUUUGAGAAGUUUCUGCAAUUCCUUGGCUUGGACUAUGCCUUUGACGAGGACAUUGCCGCGCCCUGCAGUCCGGUGAGUGAGGAGAAGGGUCAAAAGCACGAGGAAGAGAACGAGGAGCGAAAGCUGCCGGUGACCGUCACGAAAGGCGAGUCCUUCCGAAAACGGCGCGUAGAUUGCUGGGUGGUGAAUUGCCCCGAGGGGAACCACAACUGGUUCCGGAUCUCUCGGGUUUUAGUGAGUCUUCGGCUCUUGGGCCUCAUCGAUGAGGCAGAGGCCUUCUACUUGUGCCUGGAAAAGCUCUGGGCCAAUGGCGAUUUGCCCGGCUUUGCCAUUCACUCCAUGCGCAUUUGGCGUGAAAGCGCGGGCCUGGAGAAGCGCAUUUUGCCCAAGCGAAGGAAGAAGCCGCGAGGGCCCUGCGCCUGUGUGAUCUGCUGACAGGGCGCCAGGGCGGAUUCAUCAUGAACCACUGGCAAUAUUGGUUAUUAAUGGUGAUAUAUG